AUGGGGUCCAGCUCCUCCUCCUACGGCCCCAAGGCCAUCUACCUGGAUGUGGAUGGCAAGGUGCAGAAGGUGCUGUUCAGUCGUCACUGCUCUCCGUGUGAUAUCAAGGACCUCCUCUGUUCCUCCUCAAACAUCCCCAGGAACACAGCCAUUAUGAUGUUGGACACUGAUGGGGCCAUGGUCUCCAUUGACCCAACCAUGCCCACCAACUCUCCCAGCUCACUGUACAAAGUGGUGCCCCUGACCAGCGCUCAGCCUGGAGAGAAGGAGGACAUGUUCCAGAAUGUUCUGUCCCAGGUGGCCGAGCAGUUCAGCAGGGCAUUCCGAAUCAACGAGCUGAAAACCGAGGUGACCAAUCGACUAGCCAUGCUGGAGAAGAGAGUGGAGUUGGAAGGCCUGAAGGUGGUAGAGAUUGAGAAGUGUAAGAAUGACCUGAAGAAGAUGCGAGAUGAGAUGACCUCACGAGCAGGCGGGAGGUACAACUUUACAGAUGAUGGGAAGAAGCUGACUCCUCGUCGUGAUGUCCCCAGUUAUCCAAAGUACACGCUAUCCCAGGAGACUAUUGAAGCCUUGAAGAAGCCCACCUUUGAUGUCUGGCACUGGGAACACAACGAGAUGCUGAGCUGCCUGGAGUACAUGUACCAUGACCUGGGGCUGGUAAAGGAGUUCAACAUGAACCCCAUCACGCUGAAGAGAUGGCUGUUAGCCAUCCAGGAGAACUACAGGAACAAUCCCUUCCAUAACUUCCGCCACUGCUUCUGCGUGAGCCAAAUGAUGUACGGCAUGAUCCAUCUCUGCAACCUGCAGGAAAAGCUGACUUUAACAGACCUGGGAGUGUUAAUGACUGCUGCUGUGUGCCACGAUCUGGAUCAUCCAGGUUACAACAACACGUACCAGAUAAAUGCUCGUACAGAGUUGGCGGUGCGUUAUAACGACAUCUCUCCCCUUGAGAAUCACCACUGUGCGGUCGCCUUCCAGAUCCUCUCCCUCCCAGAAUGCAACGUUUUCGCCAACGUGGAGCCAGAGGCCUACAAACAGAUACGCCAGGCCAUCAUCACCCUGAUCCUGGCCACUGAUAUGGCGCGUCAUGGCGAGAUACUGGACUCCUUCAAGCACAAAGUAGACAACUUCGACUUCACCAACGAGGAGCACGUCACCUGCCUGAAGAUGGUCCUGAUCAAGUGCUGUGACAUCUCCAACGAAGUGCGGCCCACUGAAGUGGCAGAGCCGUGGGUGGACUGCCUACUGGAGGAAUACUUCAUGCAGAGUGACCGUGAGAAGUCGGAGGGUCUUCCUGUGGCUCCCUUCAUGGACAGAGACAAGGUCACCAAGCCGACAGCACAGAUCGGCUUCAUCAAGUUCGUACUCAUCCCAAUGUUCGAAACAGUCAUGAAGCUCUUCCCCCAGAUAGAGGAGAUUAUGGUGCAGCCCCUGAGGGACUCGCGCGACCACUACGAAGAACUCAAGCAGAUCGAUGACGCCAUGACCGAGGGCUCGCAGUUUCUAUUGCGAUUCCAGAGUGCGAAGCGCUUCUCGUUUUAAGGGCAUCAACCUGUCCCCUUCCCUGUGCCACCACUCCAGGCCAGAGGGGGGCGCUAGGUAGCCUGAGGGGGUACGCCAAAUCCUGAGCCAAUGAAGACCCACGUGCCCCCUUCAUGGGCACAUGCCGGAGAGGCCUGCUUUCUCUGACCUUUCACCUUUCUAUGACCUCUAUCACCUACUGUAUGUUUGACCUCUGGGGCCUAUACUAAGAAGCUGUUUCAGGAGUAAACCAAGUUAAGUUAAGACGUAAAUCGUGUAACCGCAGAAAUACACCAGCGGCGAUCUGAGCGAGUCGCGCGACGGAAGUAAUUGACUUUGUAUUGAGUCGAGAGACAAAAGCGAUUCUGGAGACUAGAGCGAUUUGCGCGACGAGCGCGACAAUUUGAAGUUGAAAUCUUUUCAACUUUCUAUGACGCGGUUCGGCGACAAGCCGCGACAGCCAAUGACUGUAUAGAGGUCAGUGACCACAGCCAAUGGGAAUGCUUGAAUGCUUUGCCUUCUGCCUGUACGGACAUACUCUAGUCUCCUCAAUCUCUCGUAUCGCUUGCUGCUACACUCUGUCGCUUGAAUCGCGUCGCCGCUGGUGUAUCUCUGCGGUAAUAGGAGAGCCUGGAGUCCUCAUGUUCAAGAAUAACCUAAUCUGGUUUACUCCUGGUGCAGACUCUUAGUAUAGGCUUCUGGUGUAGCAGUUAAUCCGCCUGCCCUGCGGCUAGAUCUUUGACACAUUAGUGAAAGAUGUUUCUCUUUUUUAACAUGAUUUGAAAGUCAUUCACUGUACAGUAUGUGUAGCUGUGUGACUAGCUUAGAUCCAUUGAUGCCACAUUUAUAGUAAUGGCCUUACAGUACACCAUGCUAGCAGCCAUAUAAGAACCGUUCCUUUUAAAAUAUAUGACAAUGGCCUUGAUUAAAUGGGACUUUUAAUUCAGAAUUAACUCCAUUUAAUUCUGAAUAAAACUUAUUUCCGCUUUGAAAACACUUCCCAAUUCGAAAUUAAACCUUAUUCCAAAUAAAGUGGGUGGAUUAUUCCUCUUUAAAUUCCGAAUAACUUUAUUCCUAUACCAUAUGAACUUUAAUUCCGCUUUAAAAUGAAUUCCAGCCAAUGACGCAGACUGAGCUCCAGGUAAAGAAAAAAACUACGACUUCUUCCAUACGAAAGUUUUUGCUUAAAAAGCCCAAGUGACUGUUAAUGUUGUGGCUACCACGGAUUGAUGUAAAACUGCACCACAAACUGAAUUAGUUCAAGUUCAAGUUCAGCACAAAAGUUACUCCACCUUACAAUUUGAUCACGCUGUGUUUUAAGCUAGCCGGGUAAGCUAACAGAUAGCACUUUAGCUGAACCAGACCAGAGAGGGUUACUCACAUAGGCUGAGCCGGGCUGGGGGUAGAGGAGAGGAGAGUAGAGUAGAGUAGAGUAACUUUAUUAAUCCCCAGGGGGAAAUUCAGGGUUACUAAGUCCGAAAAGCAGAUCAUCAGCUGUCCAGCUAGUAGGAAUCUCCUUGGCAACUACACACCCUUGGUGAAAUUUGCGUGACCCAUACGCGUGCAUCCUCUGUCCAAUCGAAAUGCUUUCUAUACCCCAGACAUUUAUUCGGAAUUAAAUGAAAGUGCAAUGUAAAUGACAGAAAAUAACUUCCGAAUUCCGAAAACUAUUUAAUUCUGAAUUAAAAACUUUGUGUAAACUUAGCCAUCAUUCACUGUCUCUAUGUAACUGGGCUAUAUCUUAGGGUCAUUGAUGCCAUGUUUUCAAGUACUUUGUGACAAUCAUACACUUUAAGUUAACAUGUCUGUGUGGGUCAGUGACGUUUCAGCAGCAGCACACGUCAG